ACGUAUAAUAUAUAAUUUAAAUAAAGGAUCAUAUUUAGAGAACAGCCAUAUUUGUUGUGGCAGCUGAAGCUUUUUAAUAUUUUACGUAACUUCCGUAUCCGGUUGGACAUUUCUUCUUUUAUCCCUGUCGGUUAUUUCGGAAGGAAAUUGGGAACAUGGCUGGCCGUCGCGCUGCUCUCAAAGCCAUCGACUGGAUGGCGUUUGCCGAGAGGGUUCCGCCCAACCAGAGGGCCAUGUUCAACGGCCUGAAGACGCGUAGCGAUGCCAUCGCGGCCAGGUUGCGCUCGCUGCCAGAGAAGCCCGCUCCGAUCGACUGGAGCUUCUACAAGGGCGCGGUGGCCAACGUCGCCAUGGUGGAAGAGUUUGAGUCGAAGUUCGCUGCCCUGAGCAUCCCUGAGCCUGUGGACACGGAGACCAGCAAGAUCGAUGCCCAGGAGCUGGAGGCAAGCAAAACCGCUGUUGCCUACAUUGAGGGAUCCAAAGCUCGCAUCAGCCAGUAUGCGCAGGAGCUGGAGAAAUUCAAGAACAUGAUCCCCUUCGAUCAGAUGACCAUCGAUGAGUUGAACGACGUGUUUCCGGAGACGAAACUGGACAAGGAGAAGUAUCCGUACUGGCCGCACAAGCCCAUCACCGAUCUGUAGUCCCUCCCGCAUCCUCCAUCCUGGCUUCCUGUCCGCACUCCCCGUGGGAGCAGAGUGUGUGCGCUGAUUAGACAUAUUUCAAAAUAAAAGUCUGUACAGUUAAUGUUG